UCAGGGGACUCCAAGGAUUCUGUGUUUAGGGCUGGGGGUUCAGUAGCAGCCUUCAGUAAGCACCAUGAACACUGGAAUAUUCAUGCAGGAUACUCAUAUCUAUACCAACAGCAGCAGCCCCAGUGCCAAGAGCUCAGCUGGGAUGAAGACUGCUCCUCAGUGCUGGGGUGUCCUCUCCCCUGCUCUGUUGUGUGACUGAGCUGAUAAUGUGCUAUCAGAGCAAGGAGGACUCUAUAUAGAGGGGCUCCCCUCUCUGCCCAGAGCAGCUCUGCAACUGUGCACUCUCUUGGGAUCAUCUUGUUUGCUCUGCUCUGCUUCUACCUAGUUUGCUGUCAUCAGAAGGAGUUCGUUGAGAUAUUCCCCAAAAGGACCCUAUACUCCACCUACAGGACUGCAUUGUAAAGAGAUUUAGGGCUUUUUUCUUCAAAACUGUGGGGGAAAAAUGAAUGGGCCAGCAGAUUCAAGCCUGCUCUUCAAUUGCUCAAAUCAAUCAAAUUUCGCUUUGGAAACAUCAGAGCAAUGUGGCAAAGAGACACACCUUGAGAACAUGCUUUUCGCCACUUUCUACUUUCUGGACUUCAUCCUGGCUUUUGCUGGCAAUGCCCUGGCUUUUUGGCUUUUCAUCCGGGACCAAAAGUCAGGCACACCUGCCAACGUUUUCCUGAUGCAUCUUGCUGUGGCUGACCUGUCCUUCGUGCUGGUACUUCCCACCCGGCUGGUAUAUCAUUUUUCUGGUAACCAUUGGCCAUUUGGUGAGAUCCCAUGCAGACUCACUGGCUUCCUUUUUUACCUCAACAUGUAUGCCAGUAUCUACUUCCUGAUGUGCAUCAGUGUUGACCGUUUCCUGGCCAUUGUGCACCCUGUGAAGUCCAUCAAGCUGCGCAGGUCCCGCUAUGCCCAUGUGGCAUGUGUCUUUCUGUGGGUUAUCGUUGGUGUGGCAAUGGCACCUCUGCUGCUCAGUGUGCAGACAGUCCAGAUGAAAAACACAACUGUCUGCCUGCAGCUCUACAGAGAAAAGGCAUCACGUCAUGCCCUCGUGUCCUUAGCAGUGGCAUUCACCUUCCCCUUUGUUACUACUGUGACUUGCUACUUACUCAUCAUCCGAAGCCUGAAGAGCGGGAACAGAGUUGAGAAACACCUGAAGGAAAAAGCUGUCAAAAUGAUCAUCAUGGUCCUGAUGAUCUUUCUGAUUUGCUUUGUACCUUAUCAUGUCAAUCGCUACAUUUAUAUUCUUCAUUACAUCGGGACCAAAGCUUCCUGUGAAACACAGCGUCUCCUGGCCCUCAGCAACCGCAUCACUUCCUGCCUCACCAGCCUCAACGGGGCGUUCGACCCCGUCAUGUACUUUUUUGUAGCUGAGAAAUUCCGUGAGGCUUUGUGCAAUCUGUUUUGUAUCAAAAAAACUGUAAUGUUGCCUCAAACAUAUGAGGGUAAGACAAAUGAAAGCUCACUAAGUGCUAAAUCUGAACUGUGAACAUGACUUGUCAGUUCUUGUGAACACUCUCUUCCACCAAAACCAGUUGAGAGCACAAAUAUGCAGCAAGACAGUCCACCCAGAGUCAAACUCAUCCUGGGAAGGAAAGUUCUGUUGUUUUCAUGGGACUGCCAUAACAAGAACCCCUCUGACCAUAGAGAACACGUGUGUUUAUAUUCCUGAAACUGCAAAGAGAAGGACAGUUCUACUGAUUUCCAAGAAAUGAAACUGAGGGUUGAGCACUUAGGAAUAGGGAAGGGGGCAAAGAGGGAAAUGGACCUAUGUAUUUCUUUUUUUUUAAAGAACUUACUUCCCAAAGCACUCAGUGCUUCCUCUGCACAAUGUAUACACCUUAUUUAAAAUUUCACAUUGUGCCAGCAGUAGAGAUGCGCUCCUGAGAUAGAUCUGCCUGAUGAAAAAACCCCACAUUUGCACAUCUUGUUCAAGUCCCUGCGUUCAAUGUGUUUACAUGUAAUAGAAAAUUGGUACCAAAUGGUGACAAGAAAAAAAAAAGACCAGAAUGAUGCAAUGAACCCAGCCAGGACUGGAAUUAAGACAGAAAAGAUUCCUAGCUUUAAGAUGGUUUACAGUUCUUUUUUUUUUGUGACUUAUCUAGCAGGACUAUUCCUUCACUAUAGAUAAAGUAGGGAUUAUCUUGAUUCUUACUGAGACAAAUUGCAUCUAGCGGAAUAUGCCUGGAAGUGACAGGCAGACUAGGGUAGACCAGGUACAAUGAAAAGUGCAAAAAAGAACUCAAGAGUUUCCAACAAUAUUUACUAGAAGACUGCUUCAAUGUUAUGGAGAUAAGUAUUAUAGGAAAUCAUGUGACAGGUGAAAUAUAUUCUUAUGUAGAUACACACACCUAUCUCUCUGCUAUGCUUUUGGGAGCAAGUUCCUUACCAUUUUAGAUUUGGUCCACAAAUUUCAAAAUCAAACAUACUUUAUCUUGCUUGAACUGCUUUUAUCCUGACUGCUUUCCCCAAACACCUUAAGCUAUUCCAACAGCCCCUUCUAGCAAGCUUAGGCGCCAAAAGAAAAUCAGUUAUGCCCAGCUCAAAAAACUAAGGCAUAGAGGUUGCAUGCAGUAUGAAAAAGAAGAGGGAGUUGAUAGGACUCUCUGCUGGACAGGUACAAGUAUAUGACCUUUUCUUCCUUCCUUCACCAUUUAGUUAGUGAAAAUAUAAACUCUAGGAAACUACUAGACUUUGCUCGUAACAUGAAAGCCUAAAAUUCACUCUGAAUUGUGCAACACUUUCUGCUAACUGCUGGAUUGUUUUAUUUUCUUAUAAUGGUAUGUUUUUGUAUAAACUCCCUUUUGUGUUUUUAUUUCUUAUUUCUGAAUUAAAUGCAUUAAUCAAC